UGGAAGUCGCUGUGCUGGGAGAGUGGAGGUUCUUCAGGAAGGACAGUGGGGAACAGUGUGUAGUGGUGGCUGGGAUAUGGUCGAUGCUGCAGUGGUGUGUAGAGUGCUGCGCUGUGGGGAGGCUGUAAAUGCACCACAAAACGCUCACUUUGGACCAGGAUCAGGACCAAUCUGGAUGGUUUAUGUGGAGUGUAGAGGAUCAGAGUCGAUACUGAAGAACUGUGGAUCAUUUGGGAGGGGGGAACCUUAUGGCUGUGGUCAUGGUCUUGAUGCUGGAGUCACCUGCUCAGGUCACAGAAUGUCGAGACUCACUGCUGGUCCUCACCGGUGCUCUGGGAGAGUGGAGGUGUUUCAUGGAGGUUCCUGGUUCACAGUGUGUGAUGCUGACUUUGACCAGCAGGAUGCAGAGGUUGUGUGUCGAGAGCUGGGCUGUGGGAUUCCUGUGGAGGUGCGGGGAUCAGCUGCUUUUGGCCGAGGGGAGGUUCAGGUGUGGACAGAGGAGCUUCAGUGUAGAGGAAAUGAAUCUGAGAUUACCUUCUGUCCAACAUCAUCUUCACUCAAACACUCAAACUGCUCCCAUUACAACGAUGUGGGAUUAAUAUGUUCUGGUGAAGUAUCAUGAUUUAACUUCUGUUUAAAUAGAGAACACAUACCUGUCAAUCAAACUUUAAGCUGUCUGUUAAUUUUCCUCUUUCACUGAGCUCUCGGCUGUUCAUUCAUAUCAAAUAGAGGCAUGGUUGGUGAACGGACCGGACUCCUGUUCUGGUCGAGUGGAGCUCCAGUACCUCAGUGACUGGGGCACAGUUUGUGCUGUAGGCUGGGAUAUGAGAUCUGCAGAUGUUCUCUGUGCACAGCUGGGUUGUGGGAGUGCUGUGGCUGUGGUGGAGGUCGACUGGUUUGGGGAGGGGAGUGGCCACAUCUGGGCUGAUGUGUUUGACUGUCAGGGGAAGGAGACACACCUAUCACAAUGUGGCAUCUCA